GUGUACUUAAAAUCUUUUAAUUGGAUAUCUGCACCAACAUUAAGCGAGGUAUGUUUGUUGUUUUUGUCAUUUAAAAGUAUACUUUGCCUACGUAGGCAUCUGCUUGGAUGGUUCUUGUCGGGCUGGUCACAAGAUUACAUCUUUUUUACAGAAAUGUCGUAUCGAAGAUUCGAAGGGCCACCGCCAGCACCUCGUGGUCGUGGUGAGUUCUUUGGACCACCAGCGCCUCGUCUCAGGAUGCCGAUGCCAUAUCCAGGAAUGUACCAUCCUCCACUCCAGUACCAUCCACAUCAAUUGCCUGCUCGUCCUUCUUUUCAUCAUCAUUUUUCCAAUACCUUCCGCCACCCCUCUAGCACCAAUACUCUGUCUUCACCUCAUUUUGCUCCCCGUGCACAUUUGUCCCCAUCUUCUUUCCGCUCCCCACAUCACUUACCUUUAUCCACUUCUUCCACAUCCUGUAGCAGCCCUUCUUCACUCCCAGUUGCAUCAAUUUCCUCAUCAUCCUCUACAGCAGCUUCCUCUGUCUCAUGUACAACACUUGAACCAAUUUCUCCACAGGUAGUCCUCCCCGCUCAAUCCUCAUCCUCUACAGUAACUUCCUCUGUCUCAUCUACACUUAUUGAACCAGUUUCUAUAACCACUACUUCCAUCCCAUCUAUUUCAUUAACUUCUUCAAACAUCCCCAUAUUCACUCAAUCAAUGUCCUCAUCCUGUGCUGCCCCAUCUUCAUCCCCUACCCCUCCUGCAUUACCCUCUUCUGAUGAUUCAAACAUCAAACAGAGGUUGAGGUCAUCUGCCAACACGCCCAUAAUGACAUCUGCUAUAUCAAUUUCAUCUGAGAGUGAUGAGGAGGGCGGCCCUGCUGAUAAAAAGAACGAGCAAAAUGUGAGGAAAAGGAAAAGUACUAAUCAAAUCAGUAAAAGGAAAAGUAAAAACGCUACCAACUGGAGAGAAGAGACAAUAAUUAAACCUAAAUGUACACCAACCCAGCCCAAGGUUCCACCUGCAGCUUCAAAGAUCACUAAUCUCAGCAAUAGCAGCUUAUCCUUCGAAAGAGUCAUGCACAACAACAGUGGCUUGGAUGAGAAAAUGGUCAAAAAAGUAUUGUCCCUAAUUCAGGUGUCACGGAAUGUCCAUUGGGAUGAUGUGUGUGGUCUGAGUAGUGUCAAGCAACGUUUGAAGGAAAUGGUGGUGUAUCCGUUGCUGAAUCCCGCCCUGUUCCAAGGUCUGAGAAGUCCAGGAAGGGGACUACUGCUUUUUGGACCUCCAGGAAAUGGGAAAACUUUAAUUGGGAAAUGCUUAGCAUCUGAAGCUAGAGCCACAUUUUUUUCCGUUACCGCCUCAAGCUUUGGCUCCAAAUGGUAUGGCGAGGCAGAAACUUUAGCGAAGACUUUGUUUGAAAGUGCAAGGGCGCUUCAGCCUUCCAUCAUUUUCAUAGAUGAAGUGGAUUCAAUUUUAAGAAGUGCACAAGAAAAUGAUGGGGGCUGUUCUACACGUCUGAGAACAGAAUUGCUUGCUUGUAUGGAUGGGUGCACAACAAGUGGCAAGGAUGAAGUCCUAGUAGUAGGAGCCACAAACUGGCCGGGGAAAAUUGAUGAGGCAGCCCGCCGCCGUUUUACUAGGCGGUUGUACGUGCCUCUGCCUGAUAAGGAGACAAGGACUGAGCAAUUUCAAAGAGAACUGAGAAAUGAAAAGCACGACAUUAAUGAAGAACAGUUCCAAAUUAUGGCAGACAUGACUGAGGGCUACAGUGGAGCUGACAUUUCCCAGGUGUGCAGGAAUGCUGCAAUGAAACCGAUUAGAUCUUUAGAUUUAAAUGGUUUAUCCAUUGAAUUUGUUGAAAUGGAAGACGUUCGCCCCAUAAAUCUGGAUGACUUCCUAGAAAGUAUCAAUGAAACUUCAAAAUCAGUGUCUGCAGAAAUGAUAAAGCAACUAGAGACAUUUAACGAAAAGUACGGCAGCCUCUGAGGCCAAGUAAUUUUACUCCUUCACAUUUGACAGCUUUUGAUUUCACAACCAGGUACUGAUUGAAAUGUGCUCACAAUUUCAUCGAUAAUCUUUCUACAAUAACUUUGUGGGUGUGUAAAGUUUCCUGAAACCUGAAAGUAAUACAUAAGUUAUUUUCUUAUUCCUUAUUACAUAUUUUGUAUUGUUCAGUGUUUAAUUUGCAUGUAGUAAUAACACCCUUUGUGUUGACUCAAGUACAUGGAAAUAUUUCAUGCACAGGGUAUGUUUAAGAGUAGUU